UGCAUAAUGAUGGAACUAAAGGUGAAAGCGACUGAACAAAAUGGCGACCACCGAGGGCAGCUCAGCAGAAGUUGGGCAAGAAGAAGAGAGUUUAGACCUUCCUGAGCUGAAUCUAGGAGUUCUAGAUCUGACUUCAGAUGAGUUCAUUCUGGAUGAGGUGGAUGUCCACAUCCAGCAGAAUCUUGAGGAUGACGUAGUCAAGGCCGCUUUGGAAUCGGGUGUGGAUCUGAGGCAGUACUCCAAGCAGAUUGAGAGUGAGCUUCAAGCCGUCGAGAACGCCUCCAUUCAGGACUAUAUCAAAGAAAGCCAGAACAUUGCCAGCCUGCAUAACCAGAUCUCAGCAUGUGACACAAUACUAGAGAGGAUGGAGGAGAUGCUGAACGGAUUCCAAUCGGACCUGGGCAGCUUGAGCGCGGAGAUUCAGACGCUACAGAACCAGUCCAUUGCGAUGAAUAUCAAGCUGAAGAACCGACAGGCCGUGAGGGGGGAACUCAGCCAGUUUGUGGACGAGAUGGCCGUACAGGAAACCAUGAUCAAUCACAUUCUCGACACCCCGGUGACAGAGCGCCAAUUUCUGGAGCAGCUCCACGAGUUGAACCACAAGAUCAGCUUCGUCAAGGAGCAAUCAUUCAAAGAAGCCAUCUCGUGCAAGGACGUGCAGGAUAUCUUGGACAAACUCAAACUCAAGGCAAUCGCCAAAAUUCGAGAAUUCCUUCUGCAGAAGGUUAACCAGAUGCGGAAACCGAUGACGAACUACCAGCUACAACAGAACACGAUGCUCAAAUUCAGGUUUUUCUUUGAGUUCCUGUUGUCCAAUGAGAGACAAGUUGCUAAGGAGGUCCGCGACGAUUACGUGGAUACCAUGAGCAAAGUGUACUACUCUUACUUCAAGGGCUACAUCAGCAGGCUUAUGAAGCUACAAUAUGAUGAAGUUGCAGACAAGGAGGAUUUGAUGGGAGUGGAAGACACUGCAAAAAGAGGGUUCUUUUCCAAGCCCUCGCUGAAGAACAGAUCCACCGUCUUCACGCUGGGAAACAGAGGCAGCAUCAUCACGAGCAGUCUGGAAUCCCCAAUCAUCAUACCCCACGCGGCGCAGAAGGACGAGAUCAAGCACACUUUUGAGAGUCUCUUUCGGAGCCAGCACUAUGCCCUCCUCGACAACUGUUGCCGGGAGUAUUUGUUUGUUUGUGAUUUCUUCAUGGUAACCGGCUCCAGUGCGCAGGACCUGUUCAACGCCAUCAUGGGCAAGACGCUAUCUAUGUUCUUGAAACACAUGGACAUGUACACCAACGAGUGUUUCGAUUCCAUCGCCAUCUAUCUGUGCAUUCACAUCAUCCUGAGGUACCGAAUGCUGAUGCACAAGCGGGCAGUCCCUGCACUGGACAAAUAUUGGGAGACCCUCUUAGAGAUGCUGUGGCCUCGUUUUGAAUACAUCUUAGAGCUCAACAUCAACAGCAUCCGAGAAGCUGACCCACAAAAGAUGGGCUCCAUCGAUGUCAGGCCUCACUAUAUCACGCGUCGCUACGCAGAGUUCUCCGGCGCCAUCGUUAGCUUGAACGAGACCUUCCCAGAUGAGCGCGUCAAUCGUUUGUUAGCGCGCCUCAUGGCCGAUGUAGAGAACUUCAUCCUGAGAAUGGCCGCCGAGUUUCCUGAACGGAAAGAACAACUCAUCUUCCUCAUCAACAACUACGAUAUGAUGCUCAAUGUCAUCAAUGAGCGGACGGCAGAAGAUUCCCGUGAGUCAGACAGCUUCCGGCAGCUCCUGGAGGCACGGACACAGGAGUUUGUGGAGGAAGUUCUGAUGCCGCAUUUCGGCGGCAUGAUGAUGUUUGUCAAAGACGCGGAGUCAAAGUUGGAACGUGGCCAGGCGGAGCACAUGAAGAACCAAGAACGUCGUGUGGAGCAACUGGUGAGAGACUUUAGCAGUUCCUGGAAGCCUGCCAUUGAGAUGAUUAACCAGGACGUGAUGCGAUCCUUCACUAACUUCAAGAAUGGCACCAGCAUCUUACAGAGCGGUUUGACGCAGCUGAUCCAGUACUACCAUCGCUUCCAGAAGGUGCUCUCACAGCCACCCUUCAAGAACAUGGCGGUGCGAGGCGAGCUCAUCAAUAUUCAUCAUCUCAUGGUAGAAGUUAAGAAAUUCAAACCUGCCUUUUAAUGACAUCUUUUAAUCUUUUGCUUCCAUGAGAGUUUUUGAAUCGUGUCCAUCUUCAGGAGAUUUAAGGCCCCAAUAUAGGGCCAUGUUCUCCUCUAGGGAAGAUCAGCAUGAAUUCGAAUCACAGCACUUGUAAAUGAGACAGAUAUAUAUAUCUCAUUUGUAAAUAAUUGUAGAUAUCUAAUAUCUUGUGGUAUUCCAAGUUUGUAAAAAUCGAUAUCUUAAUAUCAUCUCAGUGUUAUAAAACUGCAAUUUAUAUGUUAAGUGAUUAUUAGGAAAAUGUUGUGCCCGAAUACCGCAAAUCUGUUCAUUUCGGUUGAAAAAACAAACUAUUUCUUAUAUUGCAUCAAAAGGACUUACUGACAUUUUCUGAAGGGAUGUGCAAUUUUACUUCAAUAAUGCGUCAAAUAAUUUUGCUGUUUUCCAACAAUGGAUACUCUUUGUUAAAAUUUUUGCCCAUAUGCUUGUUGUAUGAAUAUUCAAAUGUUCUCAUCUAUUACAUCUAAAGGUGUGCUGAAAUUUUUGCAGAAGUCAAAUUCUGACCAAAGUAAAUUCUAAAAUUGCAAGGGGUUAACCUUUGAAAAUUAGACUUUACUGCAAACAACUCAAAAUUACCACUGGAUGUAAGAAGAAUGCAUUUAAAAUGUUUAUGCAUCCAAUAUUUGGGCAAAAACGACGACAAUUUGGGGAAAAGUUAUAAUUUUUGACAGAUUUUGCCAGAAUUUUUGACACAUUUUCCUUUUGAAUGGAAUUAGACAGGAAUCGCACAGGAAUGUGUUUUUUUCUGCAAGUUUCGAGCAAUUUUAUUUCUUGGCCAAAGUUAAACCUGGCAUUUUUAAUGAAAUUUGGUCAAACAUUGACUUUUCUGCAAAAUUCAGAAAUACCUUUUGAUGCAAGAUAAACAUGUUUUAAUAAUCAUUAGCAUGUUUCGUCAAAGCUUUGACUCCUUUAUAAAAUAAAGAAUUGAUCGAAAAACUA